AGAAGAAGGCAGGGAGUAUCAAUGACAUCAACCAGCAGUAUCUGAGGCCGCCCCGACCUGCUAGCAAUGCUCUCCCGACAAACGGGCUGAGGAGCAGCCGUGACCCAAGCAGCACGGAGGUGAGGGGCAGAAACGCCGGUGAUGUGUGCAUGCAUCCCCCGCCAAGGCAGACCUUUCUCUGGAUUACAUUCAUCCCCGUUGUUUCCCGAGGAGAGGACGCUUCCAGCUGCAAAUCCACCCACAUGAAUCUAGCAGACAGUAAGGAAGACGGAGCACUUCCUAGCAAGAGUGCUUACCCCUGUUGAGUGUCAUCCUACUCGAAUACCCGUCAUCUCCAUCCAACCCACGGUGGUGCCAUGCCUCUGCCCAGGACAGGUGGAGUCCUGUCCAGGAGGCCUAUCCAGGGGCUCCGCCUCAGCCCUCCUCCUCUCUGUCUGCUGUUGCCAUUAAUUAUCUUGAUAACCAACCCACUGAGCAGUGUACAUGGAGGACUAGCCCCCCCAAAGUUCACCAAGAUUCCCACAGACCAGAUCGGAGUGUCAGGGGGUGUGGCAUCGUUUGUGUGCCAGGCCUCUGGAAACCCCAAGCCGGUUGUCUACUGGAACAAGAAGGGCAAGAAGGUCAAUUCCCAGCGUAUCGAGACCGUAGAGUUUGAUGAUGGUGCAGGUGCUGUGCUGAGGAUCCAACCACUCAGAGCACCCCGAGAUGAGAACACCUACGAGUGUGUGGCACGGAACAGUGAGGGAGAAGUGUCCGUCACUGCAAAGCUGGCCAUUAUACGAGAGGACCUGCUGCCGUUUGGCUUCCCCAGCAUAGACAUGGGUCCCCAGCUGAAGGUGGUGGAGCGGACAAGGACGGCCACCAUGCUGUGCGCUGCCAGCGGCAUCCCAGACCCAGAGAUCUCCUGGUUUAAAGACUUCCUUCCCGUGGACCCCGGCUCCAGCCAGGGUCGCAUCAAACAGCUCCGAUCAGGAGCGCUGCAGAUAGAGAACAGCGAGGAAACCGACCAAGGGAAGUACGAGUGUGUGGCCACCAACUCCCAAGGCGUGCGCUACUCCUCCCCUGCCAACCUCUACGUGCGAGGAGCGACAGACACAUUGCGCCGUGUGCCCCCUCGUUUCUCAAUCCUCCCCUCCAACCACGAGAUCAUGCCAGGAGGAAGCGUGAAUAUCACCUGCGUGGCUGUGGGUUCGCCCAUGCCCUACGUCAAGUGGAUGCUGGGAAGCGAGGACCUCACCCCGGAGGAUGAAAUGCCAAUCGGAAGGAAUGUUCUAGAGUUAAAGGGUGUCCGGGAGUCUGCAAACUACACCUGCAUGGCCAUGAGCAGCCUGGGUAUCAUCGAGGCCACCGCUCAGGUCUUAGUAAAGACUUUGCCAAAGCCUCCCGGCACACCCAUAGUCACAGAAACCACCGCCACCAGUGUGACCAUCACCUGGGACUCCGGCAACCCGGACCCCGUCUCCUAUUACAUCAUCCAGUACCGAGCCAAAGGGCCAGACAGCAAGUACGAGACAGUAGACAGCAUCACCACCACCCGCUACAGCAUCGGGGGGCUGUACCCCAACACCGAGUACGAGAUCAGAGUGUCCGCCUUUAAUAGCAUCGGCCAGGGGCCUCCAUCUACACGAGUGGAGGCCCGCACAGGGGAGCAAGCACCUGCAAGUCCACCCCGAAACGUCCAGGCCCACAUCAUUUCUCAGAACACAGUGAUGGUCCGCUGGGAGGAGCCAGAGGAGCCCAAUGGACAGGUGAAAGGCUACCGCGUGUACUACACCAUGGACCCAUCACGGCCCAUGAAUGAGUGGCAGAUCCACAACGUCCAGGACAGCGUGAUCACCACCAUCCAGAACCUGGUGACCUCAGAGACCUACACCAUCCAGGUCUUAGCCUUCACGUCUGUGGGGGACGGCCCCUUCUCAGACCCCGUCCAUGUUAAAGUCAUGCCUGGAGUUCCAGGCCAGCCCGGGAAGUUUAAGGUGGGGAGGGUGACAGACACCAGCAUAGAGCUGACCUGGGAGCCUGCUUACACCAAGGAGGGAAUCGUCAACUAUGAGCUGCUCUAUAAACCUGUCAAGUUUGGCAGUUUGGAGAAGCUGACCUUUGCGCCAAAGAAUUCUUACACGGUGGAGGGCCUGAAAGCCAACACGGAGUACUCCUUCUCUCUGGCCGCCAUCUCCAGCAAAGGCAUCGGCGCAUUCACCAAUGAACUGGUGCAGAGGACAUCACAAGCCAAGCCCUCAGCCCCACCCGAGGGUGUGUCCUGCGAGAGUGCCAGCUCCACCUCGCUGAGAGUAAGUUGGAGGCCGCCUCCAAAGGAGGGCCUGAAUGGCGAGUUGGCAGGUUAUGAGCUGAGAUACCAAAGAAUUUCUAGGGCGGGCGGAGGAGGAGGAGGAGGGCAGGGCCUGGAGGUGAAGGGGCUUCCUAUCCUGGCCCAGCAGGUGGAGACAGUAAUAGAGGGGCUGGAGAAAUGGAACUGGUACAACGUCACUAUGGCAGCUACAACCACAGAGGGGACUGGACCUGACAGCCCGGCUGCUCUCUGCAGAACUGAUGAAGACGUUCCUGGAGCAGCCCCUCGCCAAGUAGACGUCCAGCCCCUCAACUCCUCAGCGCUCCGAGUCACCUGGAGAUCAGUGUUGCCACGGUUACGGCAGGGCCAGAUCCGUGGCUACCAGGUGCACUUCGCCCAAUCGGAAAGCGGUGAAUCACGAACCCUUCCCCGCAUCAAAGACCUCUUAUUGGAUGAGUCCCAGAUGGAGGAGGAUGACUCAACCCAAUAUGAGCUGAUUUUGGGAGGUCUGAGAGCAGACACUCUGUACACUGUGUCGGUGGCAGCGUACACCACCAAAGGGGAUGGAGCGCACUGUAAAGCCAAGCUGGUGCAGACCCAGGGGAUCUUACCCGGCCCCCCUUCCUUUUGGGUGCGUCCAGUAUCAGGUCCAUCAGUGGAUGUGCAUUGGGCUCCUCCACUGGAAUGCUCUGAGUCAGGCUCAGAUAGCCGAGGGCCCCCAGUGGAAAUCCUGGGCUACCGCCUACAGUUUGACCUAAAGAAUACCACUUUAGACACAACAGUGGAUUUCACAAGUCGGGAGAGAAACUUCACUGCCAAUAACCUCUCCCAGGGCUCCACUUACGUCUUUGUCCUCUCUGCGAGGAGCCGAGCAGGCUACGGAGAUGAAGUGCGGAAGGAAAUAACAAUCCCCUUGUUCCCACCCUUGGGACACCCCAAAUUAUCUAGUUAUGUUAAUGUCACCUGCUGCUCCAUCCAGUUCUCGUGGCUUCCCCCACAUCCUGAGGAAUGUAAUGGUGUCCUCACAGAGUACACUAUUGCGUAUAAAGAAGCCCCAGGCCCCAAUCCCUCUAGUGACCCUGGCCUUUAUUUCUUACCCACUCCCACUGCUCCCCCAUGGCUGAUCAUGAUACCGCCGAGCGAAUCCAGCUACACCAUCCUGGGCCUCAAUCACAGCACAGCCUACGAGGUGCAGCUCAGAGCCCACAACGUGGCAGGGCCAGGCCCCUUCAGCCCACCUCUGGUGAGCCAAACCCUGGCCUUUGAAACAGAUGUGCCAAGGAAUUUUUCAGUCAAUCUGGCCACAAAGACAAGUGUUCUUCUGACUUGGGAGUUCCCAGAGAGCAGCAACCCCUACCGCUUCACCGUGGAGUAUAACCGACUGAAGGUGGAGGUAGACGCUCGUCUGAAAAAGGCAGUCAUCACAAACCUUGCGCCCGACACCAGCUACGACUUCAAGAUCACUGCUCCGGAGGGCAACAUGGGGGGCCUUCGCCACCGCAUCUCAGCAAAGACCUCCCCACCCAUCACCAUACGCCGCCCGGAGAUAGACCACACCCGUGACACCGAGACCACAGUCACCAUCAUCCUGCCAUCGCUGGAGAGUCGCAGUCCUGUCAAGAAUGUCUAUGUUGUUGUGGUUCCGCUAAGGAGAGCCCGCGGCGUCAUCAGACACCUCAAGAGCCCAGAUGAGAUGGACCUAGAGGAGCUGUUAAAAGACAUCAGUCAAAGGCAGAGGGAUACGCGGCAGCAGAAGCAGGUGGACCUGCGCCGAGCUUACAUCACAGCCCGUUUCACACCUGCCACUCUUCCUGCCUUCUUCACCCUGGGAGACCAGCUGGACUACGGUGGCUUUGAGAAUCGAGCGCUAGACCCAGGGCAGGAGUACGUCUUCUUCAUCCUGGCCGAGCUCAACUCCACAACCGGGAAAAUGUACGUGGCCAGUCCUUACACAGACCCAGUGAUUGCCCCCGACUCAGACCCUCAGCCCCUGGACGCAGGGGACGGUCUGAUCUGGGUGGUCGGACCCGUCCUGGCUGUGGUCUUCAUCAUCUGCAUUGUAAUCGCUAUCCUGCUGUACAAAAACAGCAAACCUGACAGCAAACGCAAGGACUCUGAACCGGGGACCAAGAGCCUUUUGAGCAACGCUGAGAUGAUGGCCCAUCACCCGACAGACCCUGUUGAGAUGAGACGCAUCAACUUCCAGACUCCCGGAAUGAUGAGCCACCCUCCGAUCCCCAUCAGCGAGCUGUCCGAGCACAUUGAGCUGCUGAAAGCCAACGACAACCUGAGACUGUCCCAGGAGUAUGAGUCCAUCGACCCCAGUCAGCAGUUCACCUGGGAGCAUUCAAACCUGGAGGUCAACAAACCCAAAAACCGCUACGCCAACGUCAUUGCAUACGACCACACCAGAGUCAUCCUGGCUCCCAUAGAAGGUAUCCAGGGGAGCGACUACAUCAAUGCCAACUACAUUGAUGGCUACAGGAAGCAGAAUGCCUACAUUGCUACACAGGGCCCGCUGGCUGAGACGUUUGGAGAUUUUUGGAGGAUGGUGUGGGAGCAGCGAGCCGCUUCGGUGGUCAUGAUGACCCGUCUAGAAGAGAAAUCAAGGAUAAAAUGUGAUCAAUACUGGCCGAGUCGUGGCACAGAGACUUACGGGAUGAUCCAAGUCACCCUGCUGGACACAAUGGAGCUGGCCACUUUCUGUGUUCGCACUCUUUCCCUGCACAAGAGUGGCAGCAGUGAACGGAGAGAAGUGCGUCAGUUCCAGUUUACAGCCUGGCCUGAUCACGGUGUGCCAGAGUAUCCAACCCCCUUCCUCAACUUCCUACGCAGGGUCAAAGCCUGCAAUCCUCCUGAUGCUGGACCUAUCAUCGCUCACUGCAGUGCUGGUGUCGGUCGCACCGGCUGCUUCAUCGUCAUCGACGCUAUGCUCGAGCGCAUCCGACAUGAGCGCACUGUGGACAUCUAUGGUCAUGUGACCUUGAUGCGCUCACAGAGGAACUACAUGGUGCAGACAGAGGACCAAUACAGCUUCAUCCACGAGUCUCUGCUGGAGGCCGUCGCCUGUGGAAACACCGAGGUGGCCGCCAGGAGUCUGUACUCAUACAUGCAGAAGCUUUCCAAGGUGGAGAGUGGGGAGCACGUGAUCGGCAUGGAGCUGGAGUUCAAGCGACUGGCGAACACCAAAGCCCACACGUCCCGAUUUGUCACAGCCAACCUGCCAUGCAACAAAUUCAAGAACCGACUGGUAAACAUCAUGCCCUAUGAGACCACCCGCGUCUGUCUGCAGCCAAUCAGAGGCCUGGAGGGCUCUGACUACAUCAACGCCAGUUACAUAGAUGGGUACAGGCAGCAGAGAGGCUACAUUGCCACCCAAGGUCCACUGGCUGAGACCACAGAGGAUUUCUGGAGGAUGCUGUGGGAGCACAACUCUACUAUAGUCGUCAUGCUGACUAAACUGAGGGAAAUGGGACGGGAAAAGUGUCACCAGUACUGGCCUGCUGAGCGCUCAGCCAGAUACCAGUACUUUGUGGUGGACCCCAUGGCUGAGUACAACAUGCCUCAGUAUAUCCUGCGGGAGUUUAAGGUUACCGAUGCCAGGGACGGCCAGUCACGGACAGUGCGUCAGUUCCAGUUCACAGAUUGGCCGGAGCAAGGUGUUCCUAAAUCUGGGGAGGGCUUCAUUGAUUUCAUCGGCCAGGUGCACAAAACUAAGGAGCAGUUUGGCCAGGACGGACCAAUCAGCGUUCACUGCAGUGCUGGCGUGGGGCGGACAGGUGUCUUCAUCACUCUGAGUAUUGUCCUGGAGAGGAUGCGUUACGAGGGGGCGGUGGACAUCUUCCAGACUGUCAAAAUGCUGCGCACACAGAGACCAGCCAUGGUGCAGACUGAGGAUGAGUACCAGUUCUGCUACCAGGCGGCUCUGGAGUACCUGGGUAGCUUUGACCACUAUGCAACGUAAGUGAAGAGACAACCAUCCAUCCAUCUUUUUGCCUCGAGGUCAACAAACAAACCAACGAGUGAAACACAGAGAGGAAGACGACCUGAAAUAAGAACGUGAACAUUGAAGCUUAUUCUUUUCCCGGGUUGCGAGGCUCUAAGAUGAAAUCAACACCAACAAGGACACAAAAAGCAACAACUAAAAACAGCAACAAGAAAAAUCUGUGUGUAACAGCAGCCACACUCAUCAGAGGGGGAGCUGGUGUGUCUGGAGACUGUCCAUGUGUAAUCCAUAUACUUACCUCAGUGUUCCAGUGUGAAGGACGUAUAAUACAUGUGUGUUGUGGUCAGCUAUCUCCAAUAUGAACCAGUGAAUUACAAACGGCUUCUGAACAGGAAUUAUGAUACUAUAUGUGUAUAAAAGAAAAAAAAACACAAAAAAACAAACAAAAAAGAAAACACAAAGAGCCUGGAUAUUUGCUGCACCCUAAAUGGGCUUUUUAUCCUCAACUUUGUAUCUAUUGGUUUGGUGUACUAAGGGGGUUACAAAGUGCAAAGGUGAACAUUUCUAUGUAUUCGUGAGUCUAUUUCAAAGGUGUCUACUGCCUCUACAGGUAGUUCUGAUUCUAUUUAAAGCAUUAUUAGGUCAUGCCUUGGCAGAAGCCUACAGCGCGGACUCACCACACCCUGAGGACUGCUGGAGAAGCAUGUGGAUGCUCAUUUACCCGAUGCACAGUGCCAAGAGAAACCAUACAGAACACAAACUGUGGCCUACAAGGAGAAACAGCGCCCCUCUUUAAUCCAGCAGAGUCAGGCUCUUACUAGCACUGGCUAAGGAUAAGUCCACACCCCCAAACUGUGUCCUCAGCUGGCCUCAGAGCAGUGAUAACACCUCAUCGUGUCCUCAACUGGGCUGAGAUUUGUAGUCCAGUGCAUUCUUCAUUCAACAAAGCUUGCUUGCUAUUUGCUGUAGUUCCUUGUUCAUCCUCCGGCUCCUCUUGAUGUCAGCCCCAUUGUGUCAGUUCAGCAUUAGUGGCUUAUUGAAGGAGAUGCUAAUGAACGAAAUGAGCUUCUUCUUGAAUUUAAAACGGUCCAUUUCAUGUUUAUUUUGUGUGUGUUUACUGUAUGUCUUUGCCUUAUGCUGACAUAUAUCUUGUGUUUUAACAUGCUGCUUAUUGUUCACGCAUUGUGUGCUAAACUUUUAUUGUCAUACAGUAUCUUAAGGUGAGGAUGAAAGCUGUUUAACGAUCAUCUUUCUCCUCUGAAGCUUACCUACUUGAAUUGCACCACUUUGCAGUUUAAUCACUCUUGAUAUUUUACUGUUUAAGGCUACCGGCAAUGAGAGAUAAUGACAGAAAUCCCGAAAACAUUCAGCGCAAGUGGUUAAUUGCUCACUUACAAUCGUCCUCUCCCCUCACUUAGCUGAUCCCGCUCCAUUUAAAUUCCAUUAAAAAUCUCUGUUCCUGAAUCACACUGUACAGAACAUCCCAACUUAACCAAAUUAUGUUUUCCCCUCUGUCCUCUCCGGUACAAAUGCACAAGUCCUUGAUAUGGAUAUAUAUCUUUUCUUGAUUUGACAUAUAAUCAUGAUUGGUCCCACGUGGUGAUUGAAGAGCACAGCAAUGUUCCAGUGUAUCAGACAUUUCGGGCAAUUUCACAGAUUUUGUACAUACAGUCUAUCAUUGGAGUCCUAUACAGUACAGUAACAUAUGUCUGAGCACAAGAUAUAACGUGGGAUUGGAUGUGAUGUAGUUCUUAUUGUCGCAAAAAACGCCUUAUUGUUAUCGUUCACUUUGUCAUAUUUAUUUCAUAUGAUUUUUUUAAGAUAUUUAUUAUUCUAUUUUGUUACUUUUUACGUAUGUUUUUAAUUUAUUGAUUUGGGAUAUCUAGCAACUAUAACCAAUAAGAUGUUGUUUACUUGUUUCUUUGGCGAGCCAAUGUUAGAGUAUAAUAUUGUCACAGUUUUUAUUUUAUUUUUAAUGGUCAGUUUUGGUGCUUUUUUAUUUGCUUUGUUAUUCUAAAGUAUACCCUCUGUGUAGGGUGCUAUUUGAUACUGAUAACUGAUGUCCGACUAGUUAGCUAGAGAUGAACAUUAGAGGCAGACCUAGUUUAAGUUUACAGUGAUGCCCUUUUAUACCCUCCCUCCCUCGUUGACCUCCCUCGUGACAGCAGCGGUGUGAUCAUAGCAGCACAGGUAUGAUCCGCUCAUCUUGAUAGGUUAAAGGGCAUCAGAGAAGUUAGAGAUAUAGAGCAGACUUGUUGGUGAAAACUGCAGACAAGCUGUUGGUAUUUAGUUUGCUGGGAAGCAAAUGGUAGCAAGUGUAUUUUUUGACAGAGAAUGGGUGACAAUUCACCCAACCGCACACACGCACUCACACACUCAUACACACACUCUAAAGUUAUUGUUAAAAUCUCAAAUUAUUCUGAUAUGAAAUUUAUGUGUGGUCCAGAAGUCUUGACAGUGUGUGACAUAUAUAAGAAUAUGUUAUUCCUUCAAUUUCUAAUGAUUAUUGUGUCAAGAGAAAUAUAAAAAGACACACACAUGAAACAUAAUAUGAAAUGUGUUGAGGGCCAGCUCUGAUGACGCCAUCCCCCUCACUUAUGUACCUGUUCUUUCCUUUCAAACCAUGGAUGUAGAUAUUGUAUCUUGACUUUGUAUUAAAAGCAGGAUGAUUGGAUAUACAGCACAAUGA